AACACCGGUUUGAAAUUAGCGCGAGGGUGGGGGCUUUCCACGAGGCUCACCUGAGCACAAGCAGUUUUGCAGGCAUGAGAAAUCACAGUGAGAGCAACGCUUUUUCACCAUAUGUUAAUGUGAAGAGUGAACAGUAAAUGGUUAAUCUUACUGCGAUCUGGUUCUUAUUAACUGUGGUUUAUCCGGACGUUAAAUUCGGCGUUUCGUUACACCCGAAGGAGAACGUGACAGUGAAAAAGCGGCAUUAUCAGGUGUUUCAAGUGCUGCAAUGUCAGCUCGAUCCGGGAUCAAGUCGAUGGCGCCCAGCGACAAGGGCAGUAGAACGACAUCAAGUAAGUCCGCACAGGCAAGAGCCAAGGCAGAAGCCGCCAAGGUGCGACUGCAUUACGCCAGACAAGAAGCAGUUUUGAAAAUGAAACUGGCCACCAGAGAAGCCGAAAUCCAGAAAGAAGAGGCUGCCAGAGAAGCCGAAAUCCAGAAAGAAAGGGCCGCCCGAGAAGCCGAAAUCCAGUUGGAAAUGGCAAAAAUAUCGACAGAGUUGCAAGUGCUGCAGCUAGAAAGAGAAGAAGCUGCUGCCAUGGCGGAAGCAAAGUACAUAGAAGAAGCUGAAGGGUCGCGUGAUCUGACCGCAGCAAGAUCUACUUUAGAAAGGACCAGACUGGAACGCACAAGCGACUAUGUACAAUCUCAAAUAGACAGGCAGGCUCGUCUCCCCUCUCCAUACGUAUUCGAUAACUUCCCCAGCUACGAGGAACCUCAGAGAGUCACGAUUGCAUCACAUCCAUACGAGGAAGGAAAUUUACCCUCACGGCUCCGUGAUGAAGUCAAGAAUGAAAGAACCGACAACGCUCCUUCACCCCCACAACAGGACGGCGGGGAGGGAGAGGUUCACUCCAGGACAACAAUUGUCAGCUCGAACUGUACAGAAGUUUGCGGUCAAACUCAGUCAAGCCGUUCUUGUUCCGAGAUCUGCCUCACUGAGGUGUACCCUAAAGAAGCACAACAAGACAUUACCAAGCGUAAAGUAACCGACGAGACGCUAGGUCAGUCAGUUUUCGUUCAAACCGAGGACGGAAACAAACUUGCACAAUCAGCUCAAGAUACCAUUUCUUUAAAACCCAAAGACACCAAGGUCUUCAGAGAUGAAGCAAAUAAUGGGGUUGCCCCAUUGCCAAUCAGAGAACCACGCCAGCGCUCACCAGAUAACAAAGAGCAGGCAGUCAAACGGUUCACGUCCUUACGGAAAACCUGGAAAAGGAAACCUGAGAUACAGCAACGCACCCGAUUGGCCCACGAGGUACUGUGCACCCUAAUGGCAGAGGUCACAGCCAUUAUAAACGCACAAUCAUUCCUACCUGUGUCUUCUGACCCAGAAAACCCCUUUAUACUUUCGCCAUCAACGCUCCUUACGCAGAAGGCAGGAGCACCUCCUCCACCAGGAGACUUCUCAGACAAGGAUUUGUACACAAAGCAAUGGAGACAAGUCCAGGCUCUGGCAAAUCAGUUCUGGCCUCGCUGGAGACAAAAAUAUCUACCUUCGUUGCAACAGAGACGAAAGUGGACAGAACCCCGCAGGAAUCUUCAAGUCGGAGACCUAGUCCUGCUCAGGGACAAGCAGAUCACCCGCAACAGCUGGCCAAUGGCCAGAAUCACUGCUACAUUCCCUAGCGAGGAUGGACAUGUCAGGAAGAUCGAAUUGAAGACUACCGACCAAGGCGAUGUGAAAAUUUACCAAGGGCCAGUUACAGAAGUUAUUCUACUUCUACCCAAUGACUGAUUAAGAGACUAAGUUUUGUACUCUGCUCAUUGUGACCUUACGAAGGUCAAGCGGGGAGUGUGCUGUCUUUACGACAGUUAUUUAGUUUAUAAUAUUUUCGCUUAGUAAUUCAUUCAAUAGUAUUUUCUAGUUAGAAUUAGAAGUGUUUAAAGUGUAUUCAUUGCAUGUAAAAUAUAUCGGCAUGCGAUGACGUCACAUCCGGUUUCGCCGCGUCUUGUGGGAAAACACCGGUUUGAAAUUAGCGCGAGGGUGGGGGCUUUCCACGAGGCUCACCUGAGCACAAGCAGUUUUGCAGGCAUGAGAAAUCACAGUGAGAGCAACGCUGUAAGUUAAUAGAUAAUCGAUAUAUUGAACUAAGAUGUUAAUGCUGAUCCUGUUAGAGGUAACGUCGGUAGAUAAUGUUUAUGCUUUCGUUAGUUAAAGAGUCGCGGAUAGUUUGCAUGGAAGUGUAUUUAAA